AUGAACCGACAAAGAGAGCCCACCCUCCCUGCUUCCACGUUCGGCGUGCAUGUGUACGAUGCUCAGGAGGCGCUGGAGGUUGGGAACAACCUGCGGAAGCAAUUGGGCCCCGAGUUCGUUUCAAACCGAAGUGGCCCUGGUGGAAGCAAAGUCUCGUAUAUUGAGGGAUGGAAAGUAGUAAGCCUGGCGAACGAAAUAUUUGGCUUCAAUGGCUGGUCGCACAGCGUUGUGGAUAUGACCGUCGACUUUGUGGACAUCGAGAACGGGAAAGUCAGCACGGGCAUAUCCUCAAUCGUGCGUGUGACGCUGAAAGAUGGAACGUAUCGAGAGGAUGUCGGCUAUGGAUCUAUAGAGAAUGCCAAAUCGAAGUCAGCAGCCUUCGAAAAGGCAAAGAAGGAAUCCAUUACCGAUGCACUCAAACGGGCAUUGAAGAGCUUCGGGAAUAGUAUGGGGGGAUGCUUAUACGAUAAAGACUACCUGAAGAAGGUGCAAAGAAUUUCCGUACCUGUGAGUGUUGACUUCUCUUUUGUUCCAUUGCUUUGA